AGAUAUCAAAACUAAUAAUUAGUACUCAAGAAACUUUAAAAGAAAGUAAAGAAGACACAACUAAAGAAGAUAAAAAUCCUUUUAUUUCUCAAGAAAAAUAUAAUGAAUUGAACUUUAAUCCAUGGAUAGAUAACUGUGAGAAUAAUACUUUUCUAAAUCAUUCUCUUGAGCCUUUUCCUUGCUUCUUGCAACCUUCUUUAGAAAAACAAGAAAAUAAACAACAACUUUCAAUUAUAAACAAUAAUUUCUUUAUAGAGAUUAUACCUAAACAAGAAAUUAAAAAGAAGAAAACAAAGAAGAAACAAAAACAGACUACUUCUACAACUAUAUCCGUUCAACAAUUUUAUUUUUAUUUAGAAGAAUCUAAAAGAAUUUUUAAACUUUUUAAAAGAGGAAUUAAUUUAUCUAGAGUAAAACAGAUGAUUAAAUCUGCUGAACUUAUUUUUUCUCUUGGUUUUAUUAUUCCAACUUGUUUACAAAAACUUUAUUCCACCUUGAUUCAAGUAUACAACUCUCUUCUUAAAAGAAAAUUGUCUCAAAGAUUAGAAAAGAAAUUAGCUACAUACAUGGAAUCAUGUAAACAAUUACAACUUAAUGGAGCUAUAACUAUACAAUAA